GUGACGCCGUGUUGUUGUGGCUUGGAGUUAGCAGACAUGGCGGCCGCUGUGUGGGUGCGUGAUGCCCUGUCGGGCAGGGUGUCCGGUGCCAGGAGGCCGCAGGGAGCCACGGUUCGAGAUCUCCUUCCUCAGCCUGACCUGGGCCUAACAAAUGACUUCUAUGUGAAAUGCAACGGCCGUCUGGUUGAUUUGGAAGAAGAGCUUCAGGAUGGCCUUACAUACAGCGUGGAGCUACGGCUAUGUGGGGGGAAAGGAGGAUUUGGUUCAAUGCUCAGGGCACUUGGUGCACAGAUCGAAAAGACCACAAAUAGGGAAGCGUGUCGUGAUCUUAGCGGAAGGAGACUUCGAGAUGUAAACCACGAGAAAGCAAUGGCAGAAUGGAUAAAAAAGCAAGCCGAGCGGGAAGCAGAAAAGGAGCAAAGACGCCUGGAAAGGUUGCAGCGUAAGCUGGCAGAACCCAAACACUAUUUCACCGACCCAGAGUAUCAUCGUCAGUGUCAUGAUAUGUCAGAACGUUUGGAGGACUCUGUAAUCAAAGGCUUACAAGCAUCUUCAAGCACUGUGGUCUCUCCGGAGACAGAGCAAAGUCGCAAACGCAAGACAGAAGUGAAAGUCGGGAAGUCAGAAUCUGGCAAAAAGAAAUGCUUUUGGACGGGAGUGGAAGGAUUGGAAGUGUCUUCCAGUUCAGAUAGUGACAGCGACUGUGAAUCACCAAGUACGUCAUCAGCCUCUCACAGUACGGAUCCUAAACUGCACAGCUCAGAGAGUCAAAGUGAUUCUGAUGGAUCUGAGUCACAUCCCACACCUAUGACAACUUCGCAGACUACUAAGGAGCAGAAAAUGUCUGUAGAGGCCUCCGAGGAGCAGAAAAUGUCUGUAGAGGCCUCCGAGGAGCAGAAAAUGUCUGUAGAGGCCUCCGAGGAGCAGAAAAUGUCUGUAGAGGCAUCCGAGGAGCAGAAAAAGUCUGUAGAGGCAUCCGAGGAGCAGAAAAAGUCUGUAGAGGCCUCCGAGGAGCAGAAAAAGUCUGUAGAGGCCUCCGAGGAGCAGAAAAAGUCUGUAGAGGCCUCCGAGGAGGAGAAAAAGUCUGUAGAGGCAUCCGAGGAGCAGAAAAAGUAUGUAGAGGCAUCCGAGGAGCAGAAAAAGUCUGUAGAGGCAUCCGAGGAGCAGAAAAAGUCUGUAGAGGCAUCCGAGGAGCAGAAAAUGUCUGUAGAGGCAUCCGAGGAGCAGAAAAUGUCUGUAGAGGCAUCCGAGGAGCAGAAAAUGUCUGUAGAGGCAUCCGAGGAGCAGAAAAUGUCUGUAGAGGCAUCCGAGGAGCAGAAAAUGUCUGUAGAGGCAUCUGAGGAGCAGAAGAAAUCUGAACCUACAAUACAACAGAUAUGUCUGUCAGAAGAGAGAUUACCAGAUAUAGAAACUGCCAAACCAGCGCCGGACACAGUGAAUAAGGAUUCCUCUCCUCUUGACCUUCUCAAGUUUAACUCUGCGGUGGAACUGGAAGUCCUGGGAUUGGAGAAGUUGAAAGUGGAACUUGCGGCUCUAGGUUUGAAAUGUGGUGGGACUCUGCAAGAACGAGCUGCCAGGCUGUAUUCAGUAAGGGGACUCUCCAGAGACCAGAUAGACCCCAGUUUAUUUGCCAAGCCAGCAAAAGGGAAAAGGAAAUAAAUCGUUUGUUUUUGGACAAAAAAAACUCAUGUUUUAACUGUUGAAUUUCAGUACACGAACAUUGCUGCCUCCACCAAUGACCAUUACGGCCGUGACCUGAGAUCACCGCCCACAUCUGGUGCCAUUUCUGGUUCAUAAAAAUUGAAUGGUAAAACUUCACAACAUGUGAAGAGGCCUAUUUAAACAAUAUCACUGUACAAACCAUGCGUAUAUUCAUUUUACUGGAUUUAUUUUUAAUAAAUAUUUUAUAAGAUC